AUGCAGUCACUACGACAGUACCGCCGUCUGCGGCAGGAGGUGCAAGAGGACCUGGCACGUGCCUGGCAAGCCAAGCUGCCCUCCAGUUCCCUGGCGAGGACCUCUACAUCCGAGCCCGAGGCGUUCAGCGACGGCAAAGAGCCUGGAACAGGGGCAACAGAGAAGCCAGCGACCAUUGACCCAGCCCUGGUGCCUGGCGUCACUGUGUCGCGCCCGGACGAGGGCGAUGGCAGCACCGUCUAUGUGGUCGGCUGGAAGGACAACGAUCCUAGCAGCCCGCAGGCUUGGAGCUUGGCCAAAAAAUGGAUGGUCAUGCUGACCUGCUGCUGCCUCGGUAUUGCCUUUACAAUCCCAGCCUCCGUCGAGGGUCCCACGCAAGACGCUUUCAACGCUCGUUUUGGCACCAGUCCCAUGGCUGGAUCUAUGGCUACCGGCAUCUUCCUGAUUGGUAUCGGUGUGGGCUCGCUGUUCUCUGGCCCCUUCUCCGAAACCUUCGGCCGCAAUACCGUCUACUUUGUUUCAAUGGUCGUGGCCAUGCUGUUCAUCAUGGCCAAGGCUCUGGCGCCCAACUACGGUGCCGCUCUUGCUUUCCGCUUUCUGUGUGCCCUGUUCGCGGCAACCCCAAUGACCGUGGCAGGUGGCACCAUUGGCGACAUCUGGACUCCCAUGCAGAUCCCCUUCGGCCUGCCCUUGGUCACUAUCUGUGCCUACUCCGGCCCAAUCCUGGGGCCUGUGAUCGGUGCUUAUACACCCGAGAUCGGCUUCGAAUGGGCCGACUGGAUUUCCAUGAUCAUCAUCGGCGCCGUCCUGGUCUUCGUGCUGCUCGCCCAGCCCGAGACUUACAGUCCCUUGUUGCUGGAAUGGCGUGCCAAGCACCUGCGUGAAUUGACGGGCGACGACCGGUACCAGGCGGAGCAUGCGUCGGCCAGCUCCCUCGGCUCCCGGCUGCUGGCCAAUGUGUACAGGCCUUUUAUCAUGAUCUGGACCGAGCCCAUCAUCUUGGUCUUCAGCUUUUAUCUCGUCCUGCUGUACUUUGUGCUCUUCACCUUCCUGAAUGGCUACCCCUACAUUUUCACCAAGACGUAUGGCAUCUCCAUGAGCCUAACCUUCGCCAUCUGGGUUGCCAUGAUGCCGGGUGUCGCUGUCGCCCUGGUCAUGGUCCCUUGCAUCUAUCAUCUUACCAAGAAGACGGCCGCAAAGGCCAUGGCCGCGGGGAAGCCUCUGCAGCCCGAGGUGUCCCUGUACUGGGCCAUGGCUGGUGCUUCCAUACUGAUGCCAGUCUCCCUGUUCUGGAUGGCAUGGACCUGCUAUAGAGACAUCAGCAUCUGGUCGCCCAUCGUGGCCUCGGGGGUUUUCGGCUACGCGCUUGUCUGCAUCUUCACUACGACCUACAUGUACAUCAUCUUCGUGUACCUUCAGUACGCGGCCUCUGCUCUGGGCUUCAUGACCUUCUCCCGCUACAUCAUCUCCGGUGCGCUGAGUCCGGCCUCGAUCAAGAUGUACGAGAACCUGGGCCCGCAUCUGGCUUUGACAAUCGUGGCCGUUGUCGCCGCUGUUAUGGCGCCAGUGCCGUAUGUGCUGUACAAGUACGGCCACAAGGUCCGAGCCAUGAGCAAGAAUGUUCAGAACAAAUCUUAGAUAUUCCUGGUAGCCUGUGACUUUUGAGUCACGCUCUUUUCUAUGGUUGGGGGAAGACAACAACAGAACCAUGAAAAGAAUGCAUGUGCUUGAUGUAUAGCGCCCGAAGCAUUCGGUUCGAUACGUCUUGCUUCAGGCCCUUUCCAAUCAUUUUAAUUGAGAGAUUGAAAGGAGUGUCUAAUAUGAUGAUUUUAGGCCUUUAAAAUGAAGUGCGUCUGUAAUUUUUUCUCAGCUCUGGGGGCUGGCCUUCAUUGACUCCAUUGGGUUACCUUAGUGUUAAGUAAUCUCUCAAAUCCCCAGUCGGAAGUCGCUGGACCUUAAGAAUACUUGUUUUCAUAGUUGACUCUCUCUAUAUAGAUCAGUCUUGCACCUAGCCUGGGUGUCUUAGUUGAAUUGACUCUCUCUUUCAAGAAUGAGCGUUCGACCGGAGGCGCCCCGUGGGGCGCAGAAAUCGAAUGGACACUCAUGCGUAUUGUCCAGGUGUAUGCAGGUCUGUCAGGAAGUGCACGCUACAGAUCACUGUCACUCUGACUUGACUCCUGCAGGAUUCUUGCCCCACCACUGGAUCCAGAGUCAACACAUUACCCGGUCUCUCCAUGACUCCACAAUAUUGGGCCUCUGCUUCCCUCGUCUCUAGGCUGGAGAUGCUGUCCUCCGCACUUUCAAGCUCUCAGUCGCCAUUGGGCCCGAACUUGCCCGCCGCACUCAUCUUUGCGGGUGUACUUGUCCGAUAUCGCCAAUACGCGUCAAUCAGAAAGUAUGGACUGUAGCAUAGAAGGUAGUACUGAAGCUGGAAGGGUAGAACACAGGUUGUUGGGGUGUGGUGUCACUGCCAACUGCCAGGAGCAGAGGACCGCACAGGGGAGUUUUCAUUGUUAGAUAAAGCAGCAUAUUGCUUAGAGUGUGGCCACAGGUUUCCUGCGCUCUCAACUCUGGCUGACUGAAGCUGUUUUUCUUUCACAACCUGUUUUUGGGACCUCAUAUGUCUUGUCAGCUGUCCACAUCAAGUGAAAGUGUCUUAGUUUGCCUACCUUGCUGCAUUUAACCCGGGCAGCUGCACAGGCGGGCUUCAACAGUUUUGGCUAGAAGGUUGGCAGAGUACUCAGUAUGGAGUCUGCUCAUCCCUGUGUCACAGAGCUCAAAACUAGGAUCAAAUAGGAUGCUAUUUAACUAACUAGGCAGCUGUUUGAUAAGAACUUCGAACGUGGAGGGAGGAAAGAGAAAGAAGAAAAAGAAGACGCCCUGGCCUGACGCGAGCUAUAUAGUAAUGGAGGUAUACCGUUGCUUACUAGCUAGAUAGGCCUACGUGGUGGAAAGGGUCAGCGAGGGCGGACCUAUGCGGCAGAAUCCCACGUGAUCCAACAAGGACCGGUCUGUCACACCCUGCCAGUCACAGAGAUCACAAAGACUACUCAUUGCCAUGGGCCACCUAAAAUCCCUUUGAACCAAUAUACACCAAUCGCCAGCCGUCUGUACAAGGCGACUGGGAUGAAUUGGAAAUAUCACCACAAACACAACCCACUUCAGGCAGCAACAUUGACAGUUGACACACACCUCACUUGUCAGAAUUGCUGCUGACUUGUCUUAAGGGGGAUAAAUCUAGGAUCUCAGGGUCAAUAACAAUGGUG